GGGGAGACUGGGAAUGCUACUUAAGGCAGCCACGUCGCUCGGCUUGGCGGUAUAUCACGUCUACGGCUCCCUGCGACGGCAACAUUCUGGCUGCAAUGCGGAGCCCGUAAAUGUACUCCAGACUGAUCUGAUCUGCGUGCAAAGAGAAGUUUCCAGAUAUUGUGUUUUUAAUUUGCCUAUUUGUGAGGGUCAUCAGGUCAGGGCAUGAUGUGUCACGCUUUUUUGGUUUGACCCCCCAUAAACUUUGCUAGAUUCUCCAGCACCGAAAGAGGAUUUUAGCAGCUGGAUGUCGGAAGCUUUAAAUCCGCCGCUCACAUCCCCGCAGGUGAAAGUGAUGGUGCGCAUCUGCCCCUCGACGGGCCCCCUGGAUUCCUCAGAGUCCAUGUCCUUCCUGAAGGUGGACCCCCGCAAGAAGCAGCUGACCCUUUAUGACCCCUCCCUCAACACACACUCCAACUCAGGGCCCCGGCGUGCUGUGGUGGCCGCCCCCAAGAUGUUUGCCUUCGAUGCAGUCUUCACCCAGGAUGCCUCCCAGGCGGAGGUAUGUUCGGGGACGGUGGCGGAGGUCAUCCAGUCAGUGGUGAAUGGAGCAGACGGCUGCAUCUUCUGCUUCGGCCACGUCAGACUAGGCAAGACGUACACCAUGAUCGGCAAGGACUCCUCCACCCAGAGCCUGGGCAUCGUCCCCUGCGCCAUCUCCUGGCUUUUCAAGCUGAUCAACGAGCGCAAGGAAAAGACGGGCACGCGCUUCUCUGUCCGUGUCUCCGCCGUGGAGAUCUCCGGCAAGGACGAGACGCUCAGCGAUCUGCUGUCUGAGGUGGCCAGUGGCAGUCUGCAAGACGGCCAGUCGCCGGGGAUCUACCUGCGGGAGGACCCCAUCUGCGGCACCCAGCUCCAGAACCAGAGCGAGCUCCGCGCUCCCACUGCUGAGAAGGCCGCCUUCUUCCUGGAUGCAGCCAUCGCCGCACGCAGCACCAGCCGGCCUGACUGCGACGAGGAGGACCGCCGCAACUCGCACAUGCUCUUCACCUUGCACAUCUACCAGUACCGCAUGGAGAAGAGCGGGAAAGGAGGAAUGUCGGGAGGCCGGAGUCGCCUGCAUCUCAUUGACCUGGGUAGCUGCGAGAAGGUCCUGAGCAAGAGCAGGGAUGGAGGUGGUGGCCUGUGCCUGUCACUUAAUGCCCUCGGCAACGUCAUUCUGGCUCUGGCUAACGGGGCUAAGCACGUCCCUUACAGGGACAGCAAGCUGACAAUGUUGCUGAGGGAGUCGCUGGGCAACAUCAACUGCCGUACCACCAUGAUCGCACACAUCUCCGACUCGCCGGCGCAGUACCCCGAGUCGCUCACCACCCUGCAGCUGGCCUCGCGCAUCCACCGCAUGCGGAAGAAGAAGGCGAAGUAUGCGUCAAGCUCCUCUGGUGGGGAGAGCUCCUGUGAGGAAGGCAGAAUCCGCCGGCCGCCCCACCUGAGACCCUUUCAUCCCAGAACAGUUGCAUUGGACCCAGACCUACCACUCCUAGUCAGCGACCCGGACUAUUCCUCCAGCAGCGAGCAGUCCUGUGAUACCGUCAUCUAUGUGGGACCUGGGGGAGCUGCUCUCUCGGACCGCGAGCUCAGCGACAAUGAGGGUCCACCCGCAUUUGUGCCUAUCAUCCCCUCCCUCAAUAGGAAGCGUACCAAGGAUGGUCCCGUGGACCGGGACCACUUCAAAUGCAACACAUUUGCAGAGCUUCAGGAGCGUCUGGAGUGUAUAGACGGCAGUGAAGAGCCAACUGUUUUCCCUGGGGAAGGCAAGGGCUCUCAGACUGGGUCCAAGUUGGACAAUGGAGCUGCUAAAGCUAAAGACAAUGCUGCAGUGCCUCCAGGGACUCCUACUAAGGCCUCCUACCAGGAGAACAACUCACUUAGGCAGCCUCCUCAAUGUACAUCAGAUAAUCUGACUUGCAGCACUCCAUUCAAGUCCACACCAGAACAUUCCAAGUGGUCAUCAUCUGCUUCUGAUGGGGGUGUUGUGGAAAGUCUGAGUCGAACAAGUGCAGAUGGGGAGAAGGUGCUCACGUCAGAUGGACGAGAAGUCACAUCCAAGUAUGGUAGCACCACGUCUCAGGACUCUGAACCGGUGGUGCGGGAGAAGGUCUAUGUCAACAAGAGGCCCCUCCCCAAACCUGCACCUCCUCCUCCCCAACAGAGAGACCCUAGGACACUUUACCCUGAGUCAGAGGGAAGCUCUGCAAUGAGGAUGCCACCAGUAGGAAUGAGUCAUCAAUCACUGAAGCGAGGGGAGCCUGGGAGCUCCCCGGUCCUUGGAAGAGCCAACCCCAUGAGUAGGUCCCCCAUGGAGGUGAGCCACCUGCGCUCUACCUUUAGAGGAAGAUGCUUCGACAGGGAUAUCUUGAGGACUACAGUCACCCUGCAGCAGCCUGUGGAGCUCAAUGGAGAGGAUGAGCUGGUGUUCACUGUGGUGGAAGAGCUAUCCAUAGGCAGUAUCAUAGACAAUGGGAGGCCCUCAAGCAUCAUUAGUUUCAACAGUGACUGCUCCCUCCAAGCCUUGGCUUCUGGCUCUCGGCCAGUUAGCAUCAUCAGCAGCAUCAAUGAUGAGUUUGAUGCUUACAUGUCCCAGGAAGGUGCAUCCGGUAUAAACACUGACAUAGUGCCAGAGGAAGUGUUUGACUGCCCUGGAAGCAGGUGUUCUUCCAUCAGUUCCUGGCUCACCGAAGUGAGUGUGGGUACACUUGAGAGUGAAGGCACCCCUUCUGCAGAUAGGUUUUUGCAGCAGCCUAAGCACAUUGGUCCAGAGGGUACUUUCUAUUUGGAUUCCCUUGGCAUGUUCCACAAGGAGCCAUUUAACCCUCAGGAUGUCAAGAGCUCCUUGAAUGACAGUGGCUUUUGCUUCUCUGAGAUGGACAGUGACAGUGUCACGUCCAGCAAACUCUCACUGAGCAUAACAAGGUGUCCUUCAUCGCCGGAGUCCAUAAAAGUGGCCACAAGAAUUUCUAAAGAGACAAAAGCGAAUACUCUUAACAGUUCGCAGCCAUCGCAGAUCCCUCAAGGAGUUCACUCCAGUCUUCCCAAAAAAAUUAAACCUACCUCAUUUGUUCCCCAGAGCAGCAGUAGUCGUGAACUGCAGAGGCAGGAAGGCAAGCAAGAAGACCCAUGGCUACGCAUUGAUAAUCCGUCAGACUCUCGAGCCAGUGACUCCAAUUCUGCAGGAAAGUUCUCUAGGAAUGGCACAAGCAGCAUACCCUCCAGGAAGCCAGAUAUGAACAGCAACAGUGUACCUCGACCGCCUAAGACACUUGUGUCUACCUCAUCCCAAAGGGUGGUGGAUGGCUGUGAGAAAUCUAGUAGCAAGAAAACAGAGACUCCGAGUAAAAUGCCACAACUUCGACGUGGGGCAACCACUCUGGGCACUGUCCCUGUCAUCCAUAACUCCUCUGAUUCCCGGGGGACCCAAGAUGUCAUGGCUGGAGCUGUUAGUCUGAAGUUUUCUUCGUUGGGGAAAAAGACAAAUGGACAGAAAGGUAGUAUGCUACCAAAGCCUGGUGGCAGCUCACCUCCUGCUCCACCCGUCCGUAAAUCCAGCCUAGAUCAGAAAAAUCGGAUCUUGUUGCCCCCAAGUGCCUUAAAGUCAGCAGGUAUCGAUGGAGGAAAGUCCCCAGCAGCCAGAGCAGCUUCAUCAGAAGACGAGCUGGAGAUGCGGCUUAGAAGUAAUUCCGGCAGCCACAAAACAUCCAGCCUAAAAGUAGACUGCAGCUCAGGCAAAGCAACAUCUAGUCUUAAGACAAGAGGAGGCAAAGGGGAAACUGGACAGUGGUAUGGGAGUCAGACAUCCCUAGAGAGAUGUGACAGCUUGAGUUCUGUGGGAUCCAAGCCAGGAUUAUACAGAGAAAAUAGUGGGGCAAGUCUGGGCAGUAAUGGAAAAUCCAGUAGGUCAGUGCCAAGGCUUGGGGCCCCGACUGCUGCCUCCACUCCCACUGCAACUUCUCCUCCUCCUUGUGUCGUGCCAGGGACCCCAGGAAAAGCAGGGCUGUUGAAAGGCAGUGUCAACCCCAAGACUAUGGGCGUCAGUGGGAGUAAGACCCGCUCAAUAUCUACAAGUAGUUCUAAGGCCUUGAGUUCUUCUACCAAAUCUCUGGCUGCUCCAGCUGCACGCAACACCGGCCUGCCUCCCACAGGGAAGAUGGGGCCUCGUUCUGUCACUGGGGUCAACAGCAAGCCUGGGAGGGGCACCAUCAUGGGAACAAAGCAAGCCAUCCGAGCUGUCAAUAGCCGGGUCAGUGAGCUGGCUUCAAGCGGCCCUGGGAAGCACUUCAGGGGCUCGGCAGACUCAGACAGUGGCAAUGACAGUGGGGUAAACCUCAGUGAUGACAAGCCCACCGCCCUCGCACUGCCCUCCCCGUACAGCAAGAUCACUGCUCCGCGGCGGCCGCAGCGGUACAGCAGCGGACAUGGAAGCGAUAACAGUAGUGUUCUCAGUGGGGAGCUGCCCCCUGCCAUGGGUCGCACUGCCCUCUUCUAUCACAGCGGGGGCAGCAGUGGGUAUGAAAGCAUGAUCCGGGACAGUGAGGCCACGGGCAGCGCCUCCUCGGCCCACGACUCCAUGAGCGAGAGCGGCAUGUCCUCUUCCGGCCGUACCAGGGCAUCCAAAUCCCCCAAGAAGAGGUCGAAUGGUCUCCAGAGGAGACGUUUGAUCCCUGCCCCCCUCCCGGACAGCUCUUCACUGGGGUGGAAGCCCAGCACCACUGGGCAGUGGGUGGACCUGCCCCCGCUGCUGCCCGGCACUCUGAAGGAGCCCUUCGAGAUCAAGGUGUAUGAGAUCGAUGACGUGGAACGGCUACAGAGGCGGCGGAUGGAGGAUGUGGCCGAGCAACCUUUUCAGGAUGUCGAAAAGGGCCUGCUCUAUUUCAACACCAGGCUGAAGCUACUGGAGAGGCGGCAGCAGCAGAUCCGGGAGCUGAAGGCCAAGCAUGAGAUGCUGAAGGUGGAGCUUGAGGACACCAAGCACAGGCUGAUGAUGGACCCCAACAAGUGGACAGGAGAAUUUGAGGUGGACCAGGAUUUAGACAAGGAGUCGCAGGAGUACCUGGAAGCCCUGGAGCAGACGACUGACGAGCUGGAGUACUAUGUCAACCUAUGCAAGUCACGCAUCAUGAUGGUGACCUGCUUCGACAUCGGGGUGACGACCGACACGCAAGAAGGAUUACGAGAAGUGGAGGUGUGAGAAGGGAGGUGCACGUUGGGGAGGG